AUGUCCGCUUAUAGCUACAAACGCUGUACAAAUAGACACAGUAUUGGUGUUUCCUGUUGUAUAAUUAAAAUGGCCUUGAAACACGUUAGUCUUGUAAAAUUAAACUGUCGCUUGGUUGGUAAUGAGGUGUACAAAAUUUUAAGCCUUCGUCGCACUCAAGAUGUACACUGCAUUGUAUUGCUAAUGCUACCUGUCAGCUCUGCAGCUCCAUCUGAUAUAGAAGUCUUUCCAGAUUCUCGCUUUACAGAAACUCAAUUUAUCAUUUUUCAAGUCGUAAAAACGAUCCUUUUCUGUUAUGUAACCCACAUCAUGACAGUCAGACCCGACGGAAGUGCGACAUUUUUAUUUGCAGUAUAUAAGCGUCUAUGUUCUUUUGCCUGGCCUACAAGUGGUGUACAUGAAGCCUUUGGGUCCGUAAUCAAAGUAUAUAGAUCAAAUUCAAUUCUUGGUAUAAAUCAUCUCAGCACCCACACCAUUACUAAAGCUGCAGAAGUUCCUGGAUAUUUUUCUACUUACCAACAUUCUCCACCAACGGCUGCAGACCUCACAGAGAGAAGUCUGAGUAAUCCAACCAUGCGAAAAUUCUAUUCUCAGAACCGGUGGUCAGAUGUACUAGAAGAAUCAAUUUCACCUUACUACAACGGAGAACACGACAACGUAUCACACCUCGCUAGAAUCCUAGAAACCAUGGGUCCUACAAAGGCCAGAAAAGUAAAGCACUGUAUUCUAAACGGCAACCUUUACAUUGGAUUCAAUCGCUUAAACGAGUUGGACGGCCAACCAGUCCACCGUCCCAGAACAGAAAACAUGAGAGUGGCUGGCUCUGGGUCCGUGUGUAUAUACCAAGUCCCAGUUCACCCAACACUCGUUCGUUACCUUCCCCAUAGUAUGAUUGACGAACUCCAGCAAGCCUAUUUUAUAGAGGAGACUUGUUACACCCAGAUAUUCAUGUGUUUCAUCCAGAUGGCUUUUACUGUCUAUGAAUGUGUUAUUGACUCGGGAGAUAGAUGGUUCAAAAUUGUUCUGAUUGUAUUUAUGGUCAUGUCCUUCUUUCAAACUCUAUCGGCUAUUAUAUUACCUACCCAAGUUGCAGCAUACAGUAUACAUUGUCUGACAGAAGGAGAACGGAUUGACCCUCUGGAAUACCAGAGCCCAAAUAACGCACAAUCAUCGUCUAGUGGCUUUCUGGGCUGUAUGCCAACGAUUCUCCGAAAGAGUUUUGAAGAACGAGAUACGAUUGCUUAUGACGUUCUACAAAAGAGUGCCAUGGACUCUGGUACAAUCUCGGUGGUACUUGGAGACCAUAUAAACAACGGAAUCAGCAUAACCUCUCAGCCGGCCGGGUGGUGGGAGGCCGUGGUGAUUGUGGCGAGUACACUUACGCCAUUUAUGAUAGGUUUCUGGGCUGGUUACGGAAUCAACACUUUGACUGAAUGGCUGGUGGUGGCCUGGAUUGGAUUUUCAGGAUUCUUUACCAUAAUACGGGUCUUUUUGUUUGAUCCAAAUUUCAUGUCCAAUGCCCUUGUUUGCUUCUUGUUUGUUAUAUUAUUUGUGUUUCCAGGAUUAGCACUUGUUCUAGCCUCCACAAUAACAGGCUACAAACUAUUUAUCUUAUAA